UUGAGACUCUGAAACCAAAAGCAAAUAACGACUCUCUAUGUUACUGUGUUUUUCCUCUUUAUUCCAGUAGAGAGAAAGAUGGGUAGUAGUGAGUAUCAUCCUCUACAUAUUUUCUUCUUCCCUAUGAUGGCACCUGGUCAUAUGAUACCAACAAUUGACAUGGCUAAAUUAUUUGCCGAAAAGGGUGUGAAGGCCACUGUGAUCACCACACCCCUCAACGCAGCUUUCAUUUCCAACGUCAUUGGAAAAGCCAACGGGAUCCACAUCCAAACCAUCGAGUUCCCUUGUGCACAGGCUGGAUUACCUCAUGGUUGUGAAAAUGCUGACUCAAUCCCUUCCCCAGAUAUGCUUCAACCCUUCCUUUUGGGCACCCGUUUGCUACAAGAGCCGUUUGAGCAACUAUUGCUCAACCAACGUCCACAUUGCGUUGUUGCUGAUAUGUUCUUCCCAUGGACAACGGAUUCCGCCGCCAAAUUUGGUAUUCCUAGGCUCGUGUUUCAUGGGACUAGUUUCUUCUCAUUGUGUGUUUUGGCGUGUCUGGGACACUACGAUGAUGUUUCUUCUGAUUCCGACUCGUUCGUCAUUCCUAAUUUCCCGGGUGAGAUUAGAAUUACAAGGAUGCAAGCGGGAUCUUUAUUGAAGAGUAAUGACAUAACAGUUGUGUCGAAGCUGGUUGAGGAGGCAAGGGAAUCAGACUUGAGGAGCUAUGGGGUUGUUGUUAAUAGCUUCUACGAACUUGAGAAGGUGUAUGCUGAUCAUUACAGAAAGGUGCUUGGAAGAAAAGCAUGGCAUGUUGGUCCUUUAUCUCUUUGCAACAGGAACUCCCAAGAGAAGGCAAAUAGAGGAAAGGAGGCUUCUAUUGAUGAGCGCGAGUGCCUCAAGUGGCUUGACACAAAGAAACCCGAUUCAGUUGUUUAUGUAUGCUUUGGAAGUAUGGCAAAGUUGUGUGAUUCUCAGCUUAGAGCUAUUGCUACGGGUCUUGAAGCAUCAGGGCAAGAUUUCAUCUGGGUGGUGAAGAAAAACAAACAACAUGAUGGAGAGGAAUGGGUGCCUGAUGGAUUUGAGAAGAGGAUGGAAGGUAAGGGACUAAUAAUAAGAGGUUGGGCACCUCAACUACUGAUUCUUGAACAUGAAGCGAUUGGAGCAUGUGUGACUCAUUGUGGGUGGAAUUCAACUUUGGAAGCAGUGACUGCAGGGGUUCCCAUGGUUACUUGGCCUAUUGCUGCAGAACAAUUUUUCAAUGAGAAAUUGGUGAUUGAAGUCCUGCAAAUUGGGGUACCUGUUGGUUCUAAAAUACCGGUAGAGUUGCAGGGGGAUAUCAUUUCAUGGGAGUCAGUGGAGAAGGCUGUGAACAGAGUAAUGAAAGGGGAAGAAGCCACUCAAAUGAGGAACAAAGCAAAGGUGUUUUCACAACUAGCUAAGGGGGCCAUGCAAGAAGGAGGAUCAUCGUACUCUGAUUUGAAUGCUUUAAUUCAGGAGUUAAGUUUAUUGAGCCACUAAUAUGGUACGUAAUAUACCUAUGUCAAUGUUAUAUGGCCGGAAAGUAGGGAAGAUUAAUCAACAAUUUCCAUUAAGUAAAAUAUUAGUAUGUGUUUGGUAUUUUUUUCAUGGAGAAUAUUUGCGUAUUAUGUAGCACUACUCAUAGUAUAUUCUCUUCUUUAGGUUUUGUUAAAUACUGCAAGUGUACCUUUCUUGUGGUUCUUACUUUA